AUGAGGACGCUUGCACUUCACGCCGCCACAGGUAAUGGUGCUGCCCCGGCCAGACCUGCACACGCGUGCACCAUCACUUUGAUCCAAGUGGCCGUUGCCGCUAUGACCACUUUCUACGUACGAAUGCGCCUAAGUCGUAAUAUGGACGCCAAAAGUCGUGGUACUUACCCGGACGAGCCUGCCCACUCGUGCAACAGCCGAGGCAGCUGCGUGGCCCUACCACCG